AUGGACUUCCCCAGCAACCGAUCUCAUAAAACAAAAAAGGUGGGUCGGCUCUGCUCACCAAGCAUCCGCCUGGACCGUCCUAGGUGUCGGCAUCCUUGGGCCUGGUCGCUCGGCACAACAUUCUGCACGACGCUGCGUUCUUGCCCCGCCCAUCACUCAUCCAGCCAAUGCUCCAUCCUCCUGGCUGGCCGUGCUGCCCCUUAUGUUCCUCGGCGCCGUGCUCGCCAGUCAAGGGAGUUCGACUUAUCCAAGCGCUGGAUCGCUUCGGAGGUGACAUGCAUUGGCAGCUACACUCUUGGAAAGACCCUCGGCGAAGGCAAGUGGAGCUUGGGGGCUAUGGUCGGCACGCACAUUCUGACGGGGCAGGAGGUUGCCAUCAAGAUAGUCGACAAGAUCCAUGCGCCACUCGUUGCCCGUGAGAUUGAGACAUGGCGGCAUUUGCAUCACCCGAACAUUGCCCAGCUCUACGAAGUCAUCGUUUCAGACGACAAGAUCUACAUGGCCACCGAGCUGUGUCGAGGCGGCGAGAUCUUUGACUACGUUUGCGAACACGGCCGGCUUCGAGACGACUCGCCCGAAACCAAGCGCAUCUUCCGCCAGAUCGUCGAGGCGGUGGGAUACUGCCACGAGAAAAACUUUGUCCACCGGGAUUUAAAAUUAGAAAACAUCCUCUUGACCUCGGACUUGCAGGUCAAGGUCAUUGACUUUGGCUUCACAAAGCAAUAUAGCGACCGCAAACUUCUGGACACAUACUGCGGCUCAGUUGCCUACGCUGCACCUGAGAUGAUAUCCGGCAAGAAAUACUCUGGCCCACAAGCAGAUGUAUGGUCUCUCGGUGUGAUUCUCUACACCCUUGUAUGCGGCUAUCUGCCCUUUGAUGAUAACAACGACUUGAUGGUCCACAAGAAAAUUGUAGAACUCGACUACGAGCUCCCUGAAUGGCUGAGCGAAGAGAGCACGGAUCUCAUCAAGAAGAUUCUGCAGCUUGACGGCCUCUCACGCCUGAGCAUCAUCGAUAUCUUGAAGCACCCUUGGCUUUCAUCCGAG